CUUCUUUAUAAAUCUCUCUGCUCUCUUCCUUCCUAUCUCGCUCUCACCUUAUCAACAAGUCGGGAGCCAUGGCGGCGGUCUCUUCCCUUGUUCUCCCCUCCCUCUCCACCAAAAUCCCCCCUAUCUCCUCCAAACCCAAAACCCAAACCCUAGCUUUGUCCUUCUCCUCCCCUAAAUCCUUUCUUUCCGUUAAACCCCUCUCUCUUCUUUCCUCCUCCUCUUCUUCUUCUUUUCCUUCUCCUCUUCUACGAAAGGCCCGAACUUUCGAUUCGGGUAUCGUCCGAAACGUCGCAGUGUCAUCAGAAAUCGAGCCAGAAGAGUUGGCGUCGGGCGGGGAGGCGGCGGACUUCUCUCCCGAUCUGAAGCUCUUCGUCGGGAACCUUCCCUUCAACGUCGACAGUUCCCAGCUUGCCGGCCUCUUCCAGAGCGCUGGAAAUGUCGAGAUGGUCGAGGUUAUAUAUGACAAAAUAACAGGAAGAAGCCGUGGAUUUGGGUUUGUAACAAUGUCCACAGUUGAGGAAGUUGAAGCAGCUGUUCAGCAGUUUAAUGGCUAUACACUUGAAGGGAGGAUGUUGAGGGUGAACUCAGGACCACCGCCUCCUAAAGAUGAGUUUGCAUCGAAAGGAUUUCGAACUGGAGGAAGUUUUAAUGCUGCCAACAGAGUUUAUGUGGGUAAUCUUUCAUGGGGUGUUGACAAUUUAGCCCUUGAGACGCUCUUCAGUGAACAAGGGAAGGUCAUGGAGGCCAAGGUUGUGUAUGAUAGGGAAACUGGCAGAUCAAGGGGCUUUGGUUUUGUCACUUACAGCACUGCUGAGGAGGUCAAUAAUGCUAUAGCCUCACUUAAUGGUGUUGACUUGGAUGGCAGAUCUAUCCGGGUGACACCGGCAGAAGCGAGGCCAAGGCGCCAGUUUUGAUCCUCAAAUUUCUUUCAUGUUUUGGGUUGUAAAGAACUUGGAUAUUCCUCUCGGGCAAAUGUCUUCUGUGCUGAAAUCUCUCGAAAAUUUCCAGGGGAAAGCUUGGGCGAUGAUGAAGCUACCCAUGUAUCAGGUUUAACUGCAACAAUAGCCUGCAUGCUUGUUUACUUACCUGCCUACUUUUUGUUUUUGCAAUGUUUGUAUCCUUGGAAAUUCCCUGGGCAGCUUGGUUAAUUUAUUUCCAAGAUUCUAUUUCUGGUUAUUGCUUAUGGAACUAAUUGGAUAAUGUGGUUUAUGCAAUAGAAACUCUCCUUUCCUUUGUGAGGGA